CCCUUCUUCGCCUCGUUCAUGAUUGGCUGAGAAGUCUGAAGGAGAUUCACGGGAUAGCAAGAUGUCCGCGUUCAUUUGAAAAGGAGUGUUUAUUAUCGAUGAGUUCCCUCUUUUCUGUGUUCGUAUGUCGAUUUUUUAAUAAUGCAACAUAUAAAAGAAACCGGAAUCAUAUAAAGAAAAUACGAGGACUCCGAGCCAAGAGCCAUACAAUUUGUUAUUAACAGAAAUAAUGCUGAUAUCGGGAACUCAUGUCGAACGUCUAUGAAGAGAGAGCCACAAUGAUAGCCGCUGGGGAACUGCAGUCGUUUGUCCCGUUCGGUCGUGAGCACUGCAAAAAUCACCCGAACGCCGUUAACAUCCAGCUGCGACAGCUGCAGCCUGCGUCUGAGUUGUGGUCCUCAGAUGGCGCGGCCGGGCUUGUGGGGUCCCUUCAAGAGGUCACUCUUCAUGAGCGAGAGAAGGAAUCCUGGCAACUUAGAAAGGGUUCAGAUGGCGCUGGUGAUGAAAUUGAGUUUGAGGAGGAGCUUUAUGUGGCUGGCAACAUGGUUAUCUGGAGCCGUGGAACCAAAGGCCAAGCCUCCUGUGUCUACAAGGCAUUUACUGUGGACAGCACAGUGCAGCAGGCCUUGUGGUGCUACUUCAGGGUUCCACAAAAUAAAAAGUCCUCAAAGGAGAUUGUGGAGCAUACAGUUUGCAUUGCCCAGGACACGUGUGUGAAUGUCCACAGUGUGAGUGGAAAAGACUUCAUUGCUCCCCUACCUUUCCAGGUCUCCACGCUGUGGCCCACCAUGUUUGGCCUCCUGCUGGAGCGCAAAAACCUCACCUCUGAUAUUCCUAUGAGUCCUCCCAGCAGGGAGCCUCUCCCCUCUCUCUUCAGUAUGCUGCAUCCUCUGGAUGAGAUUGCUCCCCUGGUGUGCAGGUCAACAGCCCUGUUUGACCUUCCUCGCAUCCAGUACGUGUCGGACAGCAUGCUGAGGGUGGUGUUUACCUCCUGCGACCCCUCCAUCAUCAUGACCUACGAUACAGUGCAGUGCACGCACACUGUGUGGCUGCUGCGCAAAGUCACUGUGGAGGAGCAGUCAGUGCUGCUGAAGUGCCCGGAACCCGGACCAGGAACAGGUGCUGCCAGCUUCCUGGGUGCACACCUGCGCAACGUCUCCCCCCUGGACUCGCCCGCCUCGCCACUUCACUGUCAUACCCUGCACAACCAGAGCCGCCUGGCGGCCUCUCCCAGUCUGCACUCCCGUGCCCACUCCCCUGGGAUAUCCAACAUGGCCGCCCUCAGCCGUUCCCACAACCCCGGCAUAGCUGCGCCAUCCUUCUGCAAUGCCCAGCGAUUCAACGUGUCGUGCCACUCACCGUCGCCCCGCGGGCACAGCCUGCUGGCCUCACCCAACAGCACCAUGAACGAGUCGGCGCUGUUACCUGAGAGAGAGCCCAUCAUCCCGGACCUGUGCAUCGAGCAGCUGUGGAGUGAGACUUCCACCUCACACAGGGACAAGAGUUGCCAGACAUCUAAAGUGUUUAUCACCUCAGACCUGUGUGAGAACAAAUACCUGUGUUUCCUGGUGGAGUCUCAUCAAGAGCUCAGAUGUGUGAAAUUCCUAGAAAGUAACCAUCCACCCCAACUCCUCUUUGUGUCCGUGUCCAGUAUCCCAGCCAAGAAUGCUGCACCUUUGCAGGACCGUGACUGCAUGCUUGUCCUCGAGGUCAACGGGAGCCUGGUCUUGUACACUGGAGUUACACGGGUCAGUAAGGUGUUUGUGCCGGGCCUGCUGCCGCCGUCGCUCAGCGUGAUCAGCUGCCUGCCGCAUCACUGCAGCUCCAUGGACAGUGUCAGCACCCCGGCCAAGUCCACUGUCAGACACCUCAGCAACCUGGAGGAGAUUGGUGUGAUGCCCUCUCCUGUGGCCGACGGGAUGGGCGCAGUCAAGCACCACGAGACAUCCUGGGUGGAAGACUUCAACUUCCAGCAAACCGUGCCCCACGUGCACACACUCCGAGACUCCGUCAGCAGCAGAGUUACCCUGGAGCUGAGCAAUGGCUCAAUGCAGAGGAUAACCAUUCCCGAGAUAGCGACAUCGGAGCUCGUGAGACGAUGCCUUCAGGCCAUCCGCUUCAUUCUGCCCAAGGACAUGGCAAUGAAAGUGCUGGUCAAGUGGUACAAUACUUACAACGCCCCUGGUGGUCCCAGCACACACCAGGAGUGGAACCUGUUCCUCUCCUGCUUCAUGACGAUGAUGGGCUACAACACCGAUCGGCUGACGUGGACCCGCAACCUCCAUAUUGAAGUGCCCCUCUCCCCAGUCGCUCCGAAGAAGGCUAGACCUGCCGACACGGGCUCAGACGAGGACUGGGACUACCUGCGCAGCUCGGAUUACCACUGGCAGCUGUCCAUGCAGCAUGUGGCGGGGGUGCCGGGGCUGGGCACUCUGGCGCCCUCUGGUGCCAGGGAAGAGCAGAUGUCUGUGCUCAGUGUGGACUCCUCGGCCCCUUUGUUUCAGCACAUCCCGUCCCUGUUCGCUGUGCUGCACCUGCUCUACGAAGACCUGAAGCUGGACGAGCUGCAAAGAAGUGGAGCCCGCUCCCUAGUGGGCCUCCUGCAGCAGAUGGCCAGAGACCUGCAGCUGGAGGAGUACAUUGAUCUGUACUGGCGCGAUUACCCCUCGUUCAUCAAAACGUUCCACGAGUCCUGCGUGAUCGACCAGGCCCAGAUGGAGCAGAUGACCCGGCCCUCGUUCCUGACGCCGGAGCCACCCUGUGUGUUUGGCUGGCUCCGCCACUGCCUCAGAGGGGAGGACGUGCCACCUUUCCCCUACCUGCCUGGCAUUUGCGAGAGGACCAAACUACUGGUGCUUAGUUACGCGUUGUACGUGGCUGGAGACAAGAAUGCGGUGUCGGAAAACGUCUCUAAAUACCUGGCCAAGAUCUCUGCAGGGCAGAAGAAGAACAUCUGUGAUCAAAUUCCCGAAAUCAGGAGAGAGAGCAGCGUGAAGUUUGAGGCCCCGCAGGGGAACCUGGCCGAGAGGCUGAUGGAGUGGCUGACCUCUGCUGGGUUCACUCUGAAGGACCUCGAGUCGGUACCAUUUGGGGCGGCCCUGCCAAUCAGAGAUGCCAUCUACCAGUGCCGAGAGCACCCGUGCUCUGAUUGGUCCGAAGAUGUUUGUGCACUGAUUGGACGGCAGGACCUCACCAAACAGGCACACAAAGUCACUCCUACCAAGGCCAAAACGUCGGUAGGCCUUGGGGGCGAGAUGCUUGAUGUGCCGGUGCCCAGUGAGGCUGACGAGGAGGAGGACGGCAUGGCGGACCUGGACCCCGAGGUGACGGGGCUGAUCUGGAGUCAGGACCUGCGCGUGCAGGAGGUGCGGCGGCUGCUGCAGAGCUCGCGGCCCGUCCGCGUCAAUGUGGCCCAGCUGCCCGAGGUCAGCGAUCAUGAGUACAUCGAGGAGAAGGAGAACAAGCUCCUGCUGCUGUGCCAGCGCACCAUGGCACUGCCCGUUGGCAGAGGCCUCUUCACCCUGUUUUCCUACCGGCCCGUGCCUACAGAACCCCUACCUGUGCCAAAGCUCAACCUCACUGCUUGCUCACAAUCAAACAUCCACGACUACCUCACCAAGGGCCAUGAGAUGACCAGCAUCGGCCUGCUGCUGGGAGUGUCUGCUGCCAAGCUGGGCACCAUGGACAUGUCCAUCACACGGCUGCUCAGCAUCCACAUCCCCGCACUGCUGCCACCCACUUCUACCGAGCUGGACGUGCCGCACAGUGUCCAGGUGGCAGCCGUGGUUGGCAUCGGCCUCGUCUACCAGGGCACCGGGCACCGCCACAACGCAGAGGUGCUGCUCGCCGAGAUAGGUCGACCUCCAGGACCUGAGAUGGAGUACUGCACUGACCGGGAGUCCUACUCGCUUGCCGCAGGCCUGGCUCUGGGCAUGGUGUGUCUCGGGCAUGGCAGUAACCUGAUCGGCAUGACUGACCUGAACGUGCCUGAGCAGCUCUACCAGUACAUGGUGGGAGGGCACCGACGAACCCAUGCUGGCAUUAACAGGGAGAGGCACAAGUCCCCCAGCUACCAGAUCAAGGAAGGGGACACGAUCAACGUGGAUGUUACCUGUCCAGGUGCUACCCUGGCCUUGGCCAUGAUCUAUUUGAAAACCAACAACAGGUCAAUUGCUGAUUGGCUGAGGGCUCCAGACACCAUGUUCCUGCUGGACUUCAUCAAGCCUGAGUUCCUGCUCCUGAGGACCCUGGCCCGGUGCAUCAUCAUGUGGGAUGAGAUCUUGCCCAACGCUGAGUGGGUGGGCAGCAAUGUGCCCCAGAUUAUUCAGGAAAACAUCGGGACUGGUGAAGAAGUGCAAGUAUCACAGGACUUGAACAUGGAGACCUUGGCUCAAGCCCACGACUACAUCAUUGCUGGAGCCUGCAUGGCUGUGGGGUUCAGAUUUGCCGGCUCUGCCAACUCUGAUGCUUUUGACUGCCUGUACAAGUAUGCCAGGAUGUUCAUGCAGUCUCUGAAGGCGUCAGCUGCCACCAUUACGGGCCACUACAACGUGCAGACGUGCCUGAGCAUGGUGCUGCUGGCCGUGUCCAUGGUGAUGGCGGGCUCGGGGGACCUGAAGGUGCUGCAGCUGUGCCGCUUCCUGCACAAGCGCGUCGGCGGCGAGAUGAACUACGGCUUCCACAUGGCCCACCACAUGGCCCUGGGCCUGCUCUUCCUCGGGGGAGGGAGGUACACCCUGAGCACGUCCAACUCGGCCAUCGCUGCGCUGCUCUGUGCACUCUACCCCCACUUCCCCGUUCACAGCACCGACAACCGAUACCACCUCCAGGCCCUACGGCACCUCGGGGUCCUGGCUGCGGAGCCGCGUCUCCUUGUGCCAAUGGACGUGGACACUCUUAAGCCCUGCCACGUCUUAUUGGACGUCACCUACAAGGACACUAAAUGGUACGAUGAGGUGACUGUUGAGUUGAUGGCGCCAACCUUGUUGCCAGAGCUACACCUUCUUAAAGAGGUCAGAGUCAAGGGCCCUCGCUACUGGGAACUUACCAUCGACAUGAGCAAAGGCAUUCAGCAUCUCCAGUCCAUUCUCUCCAGGGACGGGGUUCUGUAUGUGAAGCUACGGGCGGGCCAGCUGCCCUAUAAAGACGACCCGCUGGGUCUGAACAGUCUUCUGGCACCCAACCCCGAUGUAAGCUCCUUUAAGCCUCAGGCCAUCUCGGCCUUCACCUCCGACGCGGCCUUGCUCUCCUUUGCCGAGUACUUCUGCCAAGCCUCCUCUGGCAGUGCUGCCAAACAUAAGCAGGCCUUAUUCUCCGCCAUCCUCUACGAGUGUGUGACUCAGGAGAACCCCGAGAUGCUGUCCACAUACAUGGCCAUUGAUCAGGCGGUGUGUGCGAUGGAGCGGAAGGAGGUGAGCGAGACGUUCUCUCUGGGCCAGAUGAAGCUGGUUCUGGAACUCUGCGAGAGCCGCGUGAUGCAGCAUCGCCUGACUGCACCGUCGCUGUCCCACAGGAAGGGCCGAGGGUGGGGCCGCGGCCUGCUGCUAACCUCCGAGUUCCUGCCCGUCAUGAAGAGCGCUGCGGACUCCGAGCUCGAUCGCUGGUUGGCUGGUAACAGCCACGUGCUUCGGGCAUACAUGAGUGGCCAGCCUCUUGACGAACACACAGACACCAACAUGCUGGCCUGCUUCCUGAUCUACCACUCCCUCCCCAGCCUCAAGAAAAUGGCCUCCGCCCACCUCGAAGAGAGCGCAUCGUUCCCGGAGCUGCUGGUGAAGUGUGGUCAGCUGGGUGUGUCUGUUCGGGCCGUGCUCAGUCUGAGGGCUCUACUGCUGGGCUCAGUCGGUGCCGGGAUCCCUCAGCCGGUGCACUGACCCCUUCCUGCCCAAACCUUCCAUUCUAGACAAACGCCACCUCCCUCACGCCCACACUGAAGGACGUGUAUUAACAGGUCAUGCCAUGUGGGAAAGAAAGAAAGAAAGAAAAAAAUCAACGCUGCAUCCUUGCAGCAUGUAUAAUAUUUAUACUUAUGUUUGUACGGAAAACACAAAAAAAUUAUAAUCGCUGAGAUGCUAAGAAAUAAAAAAGAAACCAUCUGUUUUUUAAAUA